CGCUGUUGAGGGAUUGGCUGGGGCUGUGGGCUGGGCUGGGUGCUGGGGGAAGGGAUCGCAGAGGCUAUUAACCUACAGCGUGGAGAGCAGCGCAACACAGGCCACAGACACAGAGACCGACUGAGCUGCCGAGGGAAUGCCGUACGUCCUCAUCAGCACCCAGACCCGCCUGGAGACUGGACCAACCAUAGUUGGGGACGAGCACUCCGAUCGGCGGCUGAUGACCUUACUUGUAGCCGAGAAAUUCACCAUGUUGGGGAAUAACUUUUCGGAGUACCGUGUGAAUGACCCACCCCGUCUAGUGCUGGACAAGCUGGAAACAAUAGGCUACCAUGUGGUCAGCAUGACCGGAGUGGGACAGACCAUCGUCUGGUGUCUACAUAAACCUGCAGAAAAACCUUCGCCGCUGUGGACACCCCUUAAAUGACAGACAGAGAGAGAGACCAGCUGAUACCAGGUCACCAGCACAGCUAACAUCACAAUGUAAACUUACACUGAAGGAACAUUCCAAUUAUAAUUUACAUAAAAAGCUGGCUAGCUGACUGGUGUUCAUUCCCAACCCACACACGCACACCAUGUGAUUCUACGUUAACACAUUAAAACUAUUUGAAUCAACCAUCCUCCCAAUUCCACACACAAUCCCCUGCUAAAGUGCGGUUUGGGAUCAAUGCAUCAUAUCUGUGUAGCCACUUACAUUCCCCGUUUUUGACAAUGUCAUUGCUCGUCACUAAGUAGCUCAGAGUGAUUUAUAAUUGUGGACAAAUCAGUUGUUUAUGAACUGUGUGCAGAAUUGAUGUUUGGGUGUUAACCUUGACUGUCCACACACUGAGAUUCCCAUCGCCACUGGGUUUUUCAGAGUGAGCAAACGCUUUGCAAGAAGGAACUGACUUUUCAGCCAACAAUAUUGUUCUUGUUCAUGUACCUGGGAGACCGGUCCCACCAUAGCACUGAGAGCAAGUCAUUUGUAGGAAUAAAGCAACAUCGAGGUGAACCUGGUUCCUCAGCCACGAGUAACCCUCGCUGCACACGAUAUUCGGUGAUUUGGCCGUAGGGAACAAGUCCCACUCAUUCAGUAAACCAGAUUUGUGGUAAAUGUCACAAACUCAAAUUGACACAUACGGGUGUGAACAAGCAAGUUAACAACAAAAUUCAGUUUGUUAGUUCCUUCCCAAAUGGAUAAGGAAUCUCUGGCUUUAACACUGACUGACACAGUAAUUCUCUGUAUGACACACUUUCUAAAUGAGUAACCAUAUUAAACAGCCUCUUGAUAUUCA